UGCCAGCUCACUCAGACGGCAGAGAGUGGGAGCGCCUUGCCGGUGUGUGUGAGAACGUGUUGGGAAAGAAUAACACACUUGAGUGGAAGAGUGGAAGAGUGGAAGGAGCAGAGGAGCGCAGUGACAGAAGAGGCUGGAGAAAAUAUUGAAGACUUCUCCGUGUGGAACUGGUCCUCAUAGGCAACCAUGCCAAACUUUGCUGGCACCUGGAAGAUGAAGAGCAGUGAGAAUUUUGAUGAACUUCUCAAAGCUCUGGGUGUGAAUGCCAUGUUGAGGAAGGUGGCGGUGGCAGCAGCCUCUAAUCCACACGUGGAGAUUCGUCAGGACGAUGAGCAGUUUUACAUCAAAACGUCCACCAGCGUGCGCACCACUGAGAUCAACUUCCACAUCGGGGAAGAGUUUGAUGAGGAGACAGUGGAUGGACGGAAAUGUAAAAGUCUUGCCAUCUGGGAGUCAGAGAACAGGAUCCACUGUCAGCAAACACUGGUGGACGGGGAUGGACCCAAAACUUACUGGACCCGAGAGCUCAAUGGCGACGAGCUCACACUGGUGUUCGGGGCUGAUGAUGUAGUAUGUACAAGGAUCUACAUCCGGGAAUGAAGCACUUCAACACACCAGAAGCAAAAACCAGAAAAGAUUUUUUUUUUCUCCUAGCAACAGUGAAUAUUAAUUAAAUCUAGAGAAGAGCAAGGACCUCCCCUGCCAUUCAGAUCCAAAGGUUCAGUGAGAAUUGAGUCUACUUGCAACAAAAUAUUGCUUCUGUGAAAUGACAAGAAUCAAUAAAAAUGAGCGAAACAGAAGGUUCAUAUUAUUUAUG